UCGGAAAUUACGUCUACUUCGUUUCCUCACAGAUAACGGAUUCUUUUCUUUUACUUUUGAGAACGGUACUAUUCAGCGGGCGGAUGCUGUUCAAGGCGGCUAGAGUUUUGAGAGCGGUAAUCGAAUAUCUUCCCAGUGUAAAAAUGGUGGUCAAACUCGCCCUGUUCGGCGGACUGGCUGCGGUUCUUCGCGGAUACGCCUCCCUUGACUGGUGGCUUGUCUUGGCACUAAUUUUCGUUGUCUACCUCGUGACCGGUGGAUGGGAUUUUGUGUAUGUUGCCAUUGUCACCUUUCCAAGAGAUUUCAAGGGCUUGAUAACUUUGAUCAAACUGAACUCAUACCUCCGCAGUAAAAUACGUAACAAUCACAUGACCCAUGACGUUUUCAGAGAGAAUGCUGAACGCAACCCAGACAAGCUUGCUCUGCUAUUGGACGACCAAAAAUGGACCCUGCGAGACCUUGAAAAGUACAGCAAUGCGGUGGCCAACCUUUACUUCGAACGGGGCUACCAGAAAGGCGACACGGUCGCCCUGCUCAUGGACAACCGUCCAGAGUUUGUCGGUCUGUGGCUAGGACUGUCAAAGAUUGGCGUCGUGUCUGCUUUCAUCAAUCACAACCUUCGGAGGGACGGGUUGGCUCACUGCAUCAAUGUUGCCAACUCAAAGGCUCUCAUUUUCGCUGCUGAACUCUCAGAGGCGGUGCGAGAAGUCCAGCCGUCUCUGAAGAACGUUGAAUGCUUCACCACCGGACCUCUUACGGAGACACUCUCCUUCACCUGUCAAAAUGUGGACUCGUUGAUCAAAGCAACAUCCAGUCUACCUCCACCAAUCAUACCAGGAAGAAAUCUAAAAGAUAUUGUCUUCUACAUUUAUACAUCUGGGACAACAGGACUGCCUAAAGCGGCUGUGAUUACACACUCAAGGUUAUUGUUCAUGGCUAAGAGUAUCUCAGAGUCUUUCAACAUCACUGGUGAUGACACCAUCUACUGUGCUCUUCCGCUCUACCACUCUGCAGCAGGAUGCCUCGGUGUUGGCCAGCUCAUCAUCAACGGAACGACCAUGUCCAUGAGGGCCAAGUUCUCUGCCUCGAAUUUCUGGAAAGACUGCAUCAGAUACAAUGCAACAGUAACACAGUAUAUUGGAGAGAUCUGCCGGUAUCUAUACGCCCAACCCCACAAACCGGAGGAAACCAAACAUCAAGUCAGAUUAGCUAUGGGAAAUGGUCUCCGCCCAGAGCUUUGGAAUGAGUUCAAAGAUAGAUUUAACAUUGCAAGGAUUGGUGAAUUCUACGGAGCCACGGAAGGCAACGGUAACAUCGCCAAUAUGACCGGUCAACCCGGAGCAGUAGGGUUCAACUCCAUGAUCGCACCCUGGGCCUAUCCUGUGUUCUUGAUCAAGAUCGACCCUGAGACUGGGGAUAUCAUCAGGAACUCGAGAGGACUUUGCCUGAGGGCAAAACCAGGUGAACCAGGUCAGUUGGUUGGUAAGAUUCGUAAAGGGGAUCCAGUCAGAGAGUUCCAUGGCUAUGCAGAUCGUCAAGCUAACAGCAAGAAGGUUGUAUAUGACGUACUAAAGAAAGGAGAUUCUGCAUUCUUGUCGGGAGAUGUAUUGAUCAUGGACAAGUUUGGAUAUUUCUAUUUCCGUGAUCGUUCCGGGGAUACGUUUCGAUGGAAGGGAGAGAACGUGUCAACGACAGAGGUGGAAACGAUCAUUAGCAAGACGAUAGGACUCAACGACACUGUAGUUUAUGGUGUUGAAGUACCAGGAUCUGAGGGUCGUGCUGGUAUGGCAGCUAUAGUAGAUCCCAAUGGGUCUCUCAACAUUCCAGAUCUAUACACAUUACUCAAAGGCAACCUGCCAGGUUAUGCUAUCCCUCUCUUCAUCCGUAUAGUCACAAAGGUGGAUACUACAGGAACCUAUAAACUCAAGAAAGUCGAGAUCAGAAAGGAAGCAUAUGACAUCAACACCGUCAAGGAUAGGUUAUACUACUUGAAUGUCAGGGCGGGGCGCUAUGAAGAACUUACCCCCUCAGCACAUCAGGACAUCAAGUCCGGUAAAAUCAGGUUAUGAUGAGAGUUGAGCUCUUAAGAGGUUUUUAGGAGUCAGUACAAACCUUGCAUAUAUGUUUUUUUUUAUGCAGUAUCUAAUUUAGUAUAAAUUGCCACUUGGUCUACACCCGCUUGGUCUAAUUUCCAUUUGUUCUCAUCCCACAUGGUCUAAUCCUAGUUCUUCUAUAUCCAGUUACCUAUUAACCAUUUAGUGUAAUCGCCAUUCAGCCUAUUUACCAUUUUGUCUAAUUUCCAGUUGGGGUAUAUUCACUUCGUCAAAUAUCCACUUGGCCUAACAACCAAUAGUCUAUGUGAUUAGAUGAAACUGUUCAUGAGCCAAGUUUUCAUUUUACAAAGUGCAAAAUGAUAAGUAGACGAAAUGGAAAUUAGGCCAUCUUGACAAUAGACUAUAAGGAGAAUUAGACCAAGUUAUAGUUGACCUAUUUUUGUCUAAUUUCCAGUUGGGCUAUAUUCCCUUUGUCGAAUAUCCUGUUGGUCUAAUACCCAAUUGUCUAUGUGAUUGGAAGAAACUGUUCAUGAGCCAAGUUUUCAUUUGACGAAGUGCAAAUGAUAAGUAGAGGAAAUGGAUAUUGCACCAUCUUGGCAUUGGACUAAAAGGAGAAUUAGACCAAGUUAUGGUUGACCAAAUGGUAAUUAGACCAACUUGUUUGUAGACCAAUCAGGUUUAGCCAUGAUGGUGUUUGACAAUCUGAGAAGUAGAUUACUUGUAGAUCAAGUAGAUUGUUGAUUUGGUCAGUACCUGAAUUGUGUAACGUGAUUGCAAUAGUUAUUUUGAUUAUUAUGUUGAUCCACUUUGAAAGAAUUAUUUGGUUUAUCCAUGAUUGUGUUAGAUCAUUUGUCAGUAGACAAAUUUUAUCCAAUACGUUGAAUUGGUCAGUACGUAAAUUGUGUAAUAUGAUUGCAAUACUUAUUUUGAUUAUUAUGUUGAUCUACUUUUCUAAAAUUAUUUUACAUUAAGAAUUUGUUUAGAUACCAAGUUACUUUUUGCAGUUUAAAUUUUUAGUAAGUCAUUUCCUCCUGGAACCAGGUCGUCCCUGUAUAAAGUGUAUUGGAAUUACAUCAUUCAGUAGCAAGUGAGUUAGCAAAGGGUUUCAGAAAUUGGUGUCAUUUUAUUUUGAUCAGUACACCCUUAGUGCUUUCAAAUUGGCGAUUGCAGUGCAAGAAAUUUUUGUAUGAUCGAAUCAGAAUGUUAAAUUGAUAUAUGUGGCAAGUGUUACCAUUUGCUGCACUGUUUUAUUUGUUUCCAUUUAGAGUUUUCCAUAAUUAUUAUAACUUUACAAAUUAUUUAGUAUAAUAAAAGGACUACUUUAACCUCAAACUAUAGUAGCCACCUUGGUACACAAUUUGUGGUUACUUUGCCAUUAUAAUAAAGACCUUAUGCUUGUGAUGUCGUAAUCUCAUAGCGCCCUCAUGCAGAGGAUAUAGGAAUAUGCAUAAAAAGAGUUGUCAGAGAUGUGCCAGCUGCAGAUCACCAACACAUUCAAGGCAAUGAGUUUAGCCUCUGAAAUAUCAUCAACGCAUAAGGUCUAUGACCAUGGAAACCUUCAUUUUGAUAGGGUAUGGAGUCUCACUAUCAUAAUGGUAAAGUACCCCAAGUUUUCAUCAAACAGGACCUUUACUAAAAGGUCUGAAUUCAAGUUCUUAUUGUAAAAUACCACAAUCCUAACAUGCUUUACUUUCGUAUAUAUUGUGUAUUAGCACCUUCAAGACUAAAUAACCAGUUUCUUGAUCCAAAAUGUAUAUAUUUAGCUUUGUAGCAAUCUAAAUCAAUGUAAAAAAAAUUAGUGUGCUAUAGAAAUCAUGAUGAUUUGAUUGAUCACUUUGAUUGAGUUACAUAUUUUUGUCUCGCUUGCAUAGUAGAGCGAGAUUAUAGGCGCCGCUUUUCCGACGGCGGUGGUGGCGGCGGCAGCAGCAUCACAACAUGGAAAUCUUAACCAAGGUUAAGUUAAGGAACUGAUUACCUCUAUGCUGGUUUUCGUCUCACCUGCGAAGCAGAGUGAGAUUAUAGGCACCGCUUUUCCGACGGCGGCGGCGUCAACACCAAAUCUUUACUGAAGGUUAAGUUUUUGAAAUGACAGCAUAACUUAGAAAUUAUAUGGCCCUAGUUCAUGAAACUUAGCCAUAAGGUUUAUGAAGUUUCUCUGAACAUCCUGGGUGAGUUUCAGUUCACAUAACUAAGGUAAAUGGUCAUUUGGGGUCAAUAAACUUAAACCAUGUUGGGAGAAUCAACAUUGAAAUCUUAACCAAGGUUAAGACUUUGAAAUGUCGACUUUGAGAGUUUAUGGACCUAGUUCAUGAAACUUUGAUAUAGGGUAAUGGUGUAUCACUGAUCAUUCUGCCUGAGUUUCGGCAGGUCACAUGACCAAGGUCAAAGGUCAUUUAUGGUUAAUUAACAUAUUUUAUUAUCAUAGGAAUGAUGUUUUUGUCUCGCCUGAAAGAAGUUCAGCAAAGACCUAGUAAUCACUUUUCCUGUUGGUCUGAUAGUCUGUUGGUCUAUUAUCUUUCACAAAAAUGUUGAAGUUUUUUUUUUCAACUUGCUCUCAUUUCUUUAUUUUUGCAUCAAUUAUGAUCUUUGGGUAAUGCUGCAUGUGACCCCAUGAGAAUAAUGGGGUCAAAGGUAUUUUAGAGGUCAAAAGGUCAAAUGAUAUGAGGUCAUGUCCAUCCAAGUUUAUGUUCAAUUUUCUCUCAUUUCUACAUGUACCUGCCCUCUACAUAUUCAGUGAUGAUAAAUACGUGAUACUCAUCCGUGUAUGAGCCCAUGAAGUUUUCUAUGUUUUGGUGUGCGAUUCUUUGGUGACUAGCUGCUUCUUCCAAGAUCACCCUGUCUGCCCGCUUUCCUUUUGUCAUCCUUAUUUUCUUCACCGCAAUUGAAUUGCUGAAAGUUGCUGUCUUUUCCUUGACAUUCACAUAUGCAGUUUGCGUGGAUAUGUCAAGUACCAAAUCUUCAGACUUACUUUACUUUCAUUCUUGGGAUGUGUUGUGGAGUGGGAAAUCAGACCUGACAGACUCUGAUAUUCUCACAACUUGAAGCUUGUUGGACUCUCUUGAAAUAUGCUUAAGUUCACCACCUUCCACUUGAAGGAAUGCCUUUAAAGUGCAGUGGUACAAGCCGGGUUGAUUUACUUGCAUUACGCAGCCACCGCAGUAAACCAGCUCCCCAUCGCAAAAGAAUUCAGUGAUGAUAAGUAUGUGAUACUCAUCCAUGUAUGUGCCCAUGAAGUUUACUGUUUUGGUGUGCGGUUAUUUGGUGACUAGCUGUUUCUUUCAAGAUCAGCCUGUCUGGCCGCUUUUUUUUUUCGUCAUCCUUAUUUUCUUCACGUCUACAGCAGCUCCUUUCAUUGUGCUUUGAAUACUUCCCCAUAAGAGCCGUGGUUGAUUGGGUCUUUGAAGUCUAAGGUUACUCUUAUUCUUUGAUGUGUUGAGGAGUUGGAAAUUAGACGUGGCAGACUCUGAUAUUCUCACAACUUGAAGCUUGUUGGACUCUCUUGAAAUAUGCUUAAGUUCGCCACCUUCCACUUGAAGGAAUGCCUUUAAAGUGCAGUGGUACAAGCCGGGUUGAUUUACUUGCAUUACGCAGCCACCAGAGUAAAACCGGCUCCCCGUCACAGAACCAUUCAUAUGACACUCCAUCUUUGUUGUGAUGAUGGAAUACUACCCCGCGAAUCAGUUUUCCCUCUUCAUACCCCCACAGUUCAUCUGGAUGGUGAAAUCACUAGGUAUGGGUCUGAAUUGACAAGAAGUCAAAAUAUAGUUCCUGAAAAUAUAUUCAAAUCGUGAUAUAUCCAUUAAAAAGAGUAUUUUGACAACUUUGAAUAAGUUGACCUUUCAUAAGUGAUAUUGACAAACGCCUUUUACCAUCCUUUAUUAUUCCAGACACCUUGUAUCCAUUUCGGAGAAGAUCGCAAACUUCAUUUUCUUGGCUGUAGCUUUCAUCAUUGGGAUCUGUGUACAUACAUUGUAACCAUGUGCCGACAUGACCACUGUACUUAGACUGGCCAUCCUUAGAAUAUGAGAUGUUCAGUAAAUUUUGAGGCAUGCAUACCUCUCCUCGAAUUACAGGGUAAAGUCCUGACUUGUGCGAAAUACAUCUGUGGGGGUGAUGUCGCCCAUUCUCUUCUCCAGACAGACCCGUGUUCCUCCGUUGUGGUUGAUGCCUUAGAGCACUGAACAGAAAUCUCCAUUUCGGGGGAUGAUGUCUCACUUUCAGUCGGGACAGACUCUAGAUAUCUUGGCAGAUACUGAUGCCCUCGCAGUGGCCCUCAUUUUUUAAGUGGCUGCUUCUUUUUCCUUAGUCUUAACAGAUUUGUGUUUCUCAGUCAUGGUUGUUGCAUUUGAUUGUGUAUCAGUGGCCUUCAUCAUUGUUGAGAGGUACCAUCUCAAUUACAAUUAUGCCGCUCGGCUUUUCUCUCUCAUAGGCUUCUCCCACUGAUUGCGUCAAUGGAGUUUCAGUCAUACUGAAAUCGCACAGAUCAAUAUCAAGAUCUUCCAGUCUUACGCCCUUCUUGGCGAUCACGGGAUGCAUCAUUUAGCUUGACAAAUGUCUUACCAUCCUUUGAUAUUCCAGGCACCUCGUAUCCAUUUUGGAGAGGAUAGCAUACACCAUAUUCUUUUUUUUUCAAUUCAAUUCAUUUAUUUUCAAUUCCGAUAAAAAGAAAUGUACAGAGAAAUGCAUGUGGGCAUAAUAACAGAUUGUCAAUACAAAAAAGAGACAUUCUAAAGAAAUACAUGUAAACAUGCUUAUAUUUCAUUAAGUGAUACAGAGAUUUCAAGGAAAGGAUGGAAUUGAGGAAUACUGCAAAAAAACAUUCAGUUUUUGUCGAGGCAGUAAUCCUACAAGAGAAAGUCAUAGAACUGAAGAAUUAAAAACAUUUUUAGAAAGGAAUAUGAG